GGAGGGCUCUCGCACCGGCUGAUGUUCGGCCGCUCCGCUCAGUGGCUGCCCGGCCACCACGCCGGCACAACCGCCUCGCGCUCGCGCCCAGCUCGCUCUCUCCGUCGUCGCACAACAAACGCCGCGCAAACGUCCCUCGCUGCGACACAGCUUGCGAUCGCGCGCAAAAGAGAGACCGAGAGAGAGAGAGAGAGAGAGAGAGAGAGAGGAGAGCGCAUUCCGCAGCAGGUCCGCAGUCGGCGCCGUCUAUAAGCCACCCCCGAAUGCAGCGCAGCGGUGCAUCGCGGCGUGCCGCCGCCUGAGGGCCACUCUCUCCGACCUCCACCUCCCGAUCGGCCCCCCCCCCCCCCCCCACCAGCCAGCCAGCCAGCCCCGAACCUCUCUCUCUCGUCUCUCGACUCCGCCAUCCGCGAGCGAGGAUUUUGUUGUUGACUAGUGGUGCACUGGUGCGCGCAGUUACGUGACUCUUACUACCGCGAGUCGCGAGUAGUAGUACGGGAGAGCAGCUGAGCCGCAAUUCGCAGGGAAGAGGGGAGCUAGGUACUGCAGCCGCGGCCCGGGCGACACUGUGAAAGAUGCCGGCGGCGUCGGCGUCGGCAGCGGGCGCAGCGGAGCCCGCGGUGGCGGAGGCCGCGGGUCUCCCUGAGCCGGACGAGCUGGACGAGCCCCCGGAGCCGAGGCAACGCGGCUCCAACGCCCGGGCCGGACUCAUGAAGCCCCUCGUCGUGCUGGCCCUGCCCGGCAUGUACCUCUUCUACAAGUACAGCCAGUAUCGACGCGAGCAGCGCGAGCUGUCGCGCAGACGCGUCACCGAGAGGGAGCUCCAGCAUCUGCAUCACAAAAUCGACAAGCUCCUGACGAAGCUCGAAGAGAACGAACCAGAAAUGGCCUCCUCCCAGGAAGACGAGUGCGUGAUAUGCGUGAACGCCCGAGCGACGAUGCAGACGGCGCCGUGCGGACACCGAGUCGUUUGCAGGCGCUGCUUCGUCAAAACCAUCCAGAUGGCCGUGUCCCAGAGACUGCUACCCCUGAGAUGCGUGAUAUGCCGUGCGAAGAUUCUGCGGCUGAAGCAGACCCUCAUGCCCCGGGAUUACUCGAUGUCGGGCAAGUCGUGGGUACUGCCCCAGAGCGCCUCGGAGUACAACAUGGGCGCCGGGGUGCCAGUCGGGGUCUCGGGCCCCGGGGGCAGGUGGACAUCCGGCAGCGUCCCGGCCUCCGCUUCCCUCUACUCCAUGGCCAGUGGCUCCUCGUCGUUGUCUGGGGUGUCUUCCGUGUCGUCGGCGACGUCAUCGUCGGCCAGCAGCACCGGCAGCUCGGGCAGUUCGAGCCUGGGCAAGCCGUCUCGAGUGAGACAGCCCGUCGGGGCCACCUUCAGGAAAACGCAGACCCACUCGAUGAAGAUGCGCAUUCAGGAAUACCAGGAUCCGAUACAGCCGGCGCCCGAGGAAGAGGAGGUGCUGAGGGAGAACCGCGAGCGGAGGCUGCCUCCGAUCAAGGAGUUCCAGAGGGACUACCGAGUCGGCAAGGCGUCCACCAGAUUGAGGUGCGCCCAGAAGAUAGUGACGCAGCUGGAGACGGCUCCACCAGCACGACCUUCCCAGGCCGGCAGCUCGUCCGCAACGGCGAGCGCCUCGAGCUCAAAGUCCACCGGCAGCGUCGCGGCGACCGCCUCGACCUCCAAGUCCUCCGCGACGACGACGGCGGCGAGCAGCAGCAGCAGCAGCAGCAGCAGCAACAGCGCCAGCGGCGGCAACGGCGCCUCGAAGCGCAGCUCGUCCUCGGGCGCGACGCCGAAGAAGCUGACGGUCGCCCAGGAGGUGCAGAAGACGAAGAAGGAGAAGGAGCGCGAGAAGGAGCGCGAGAAGGCCGAGAAGGCGCGACUCAAGGAGGAGGAGAAGGCCGAGAAGGCGAGGCAGAAGGAGGCGAAGAAGCUGGCCAAGGAGGAGAAGAAGCGCGCCAAGAAGGAGGCCAAGCAGCGCAGGAAGGAGGCCGAGGAGCAGCUGCUCAGGGACGUCAAGUGAACUCCCACGCGCACGUCAUGCAGAAGCGGCCAAAAUUUCGUCUCUCGGUAGGAGGGUGUACGCCCGUAGCGAUCACUACCCCCGCGCACGUGCCCGUCAUAUCAAAAUAUCGCUGACGACAGAAACUCAACUCAUUCCUUUUCAUUCGUACUUGCUCGAUCGAGCGAACGCAAAAAACGCACGUGGAGAGUGGAAAAUCAAAAGACUAGUACUAGGUUUAUAUAUAACAAGGUGUGUAUAAGUGUUGUUGCGUCGUUGCACUGACUCCGAGAGAUUUUUCCCUCACCCGCGUACACACCCCUCCGCCCACUCGGAGGAGCCUGCACGCGCGCUGGAAAAAACGAAGUAGCAAAAGACCCGAGUCAUUUCCCCCCCCCCCCCCCCCCCCCCUCCGUGUAGAUAUACACUCUGUAAAUACACGCUCACCGGUAGUAGACGUAGAAAGAAAGAGAGAGAGAGGGAGAGAGAGAAAUCAUUACCCCGUGUACACGGUAGCGAGCUCGCAUUCUCCGGGACACCCUGCCGGCAUCGCGAUUAUGUCACAUACACACACGGCACACGUGCCAGCCAGACGAUCGAUCGUUCGAUGGGAACGAGAUAGAAGUAUAUGACGCGUUUAUAUGGAUAUCUUGGAGAGGAUGUCGUCCGGUGCCGGCUGCAGGGAUAUUGCGAAUUUCGCCGCGGCCUUCCUUUUUGUAUUUAUUCAUGUCACACCCGCUCUUGUUAAGACAAUGUAUUUUGUUAAAGAUGCAUAGCUCUCUGUACAUACACUCUCGAACGUUCACAACUUGGAUACCGCUUGGUAGGUCGGAGGAUCUGCUUUUUUGAGGACUAAAAGUAAAAACAGUAAGAUGACUUUUGCAAAAUGAUUGAUGUUAACAGAGGCAUGGCAUAAAUAACGCAAAAAGCGCGCUUCAUCGUACGAGCCUAAUUUCUCAUCUUGUUUUUCGAGACUCAAACAAACAAAUAAUGUACCAGAGAAGAUUAUAUACGGAGGAAACCUAAUCAUGAGUUUUAACGCGUAGGAGAUUUAUUCAAAUUUUCCGGAACUAAUAGGUGAUAUUUAUUAGCUUAUAAUGGUAACGCAAAACUCCAAACGAGGAUGUAGCUAAUAACGAUUAAGACGUUUAAGGCAUUUUAAGGAAAAACUAAAACAAAAUGAUGAAAAAAAAAACGUUAAACACAUAAACAAUACAUAAGCGAGUAACUAUAUAAGUAUGAUGAGAAUAAAAAUAACAACCAGCGCGGCUUCGCGAGCAGCGCUUCUUAUAUAUACACACACACACAUAUAUAUAUAUAUUAUACGAAGCUCAAGAGUGUCACCAUGUAACGUAUACUCGAGUUUCUCUCGACCUACGCGUAUAUAUAUAUAUAUACUUUUUUCUCUGCAGCCUAAGAAAGAAAGGAUCCAUCUUCCGUUUCCCCAAUAUGCGACCCACACACAUAAACUCUGGCAAAAAAUCAAAAGAAGCAAUUUUUUACCUGCCUGUGCGUAUCGCAUGCUGCGUAUACCAUAACGUGUGUAUUUUCUCAAGAGCGCGAACAGAUGUCGAUUUCGGAAUAGCGAGCUUUGGCUAUAUCUGUUUCGAGAAGAGGCGCGAAAAGCAGCUGAAUAACCGGAAUAUACAAUAUGCAUACGAAUUUGCCAAAGUUACAUUGUUGAUAUAUACAUAGGUGUAUAUUAUAUUAUAUACAACGUAUUUUAAAAGUGUGAAGCCAAAGACGUACGGCUUUAAAAAAAGUACACGCUCGACGUAUUAUACAUAUAAUUGCGUAAAUAGUGAAAAAAGCGCCAGACACAUCUCGACGCACAUAUCAUCAAAUUAUAAUUAUAAUUAAUUAAUUAAUAUAUGGUUAAAUUAUUGUAUUGCUCGUGAUUUAUUGUAUAUUAUAUAGUCGUAUACGAGGUAGGCAGUCAAUUAUCUACACACACGUACGCGUAAAGCUCAGCAAGGUUGAAGGGAAGGAGAUAGUAUUCAGCAACUAAUCGCAGCGUAAGAAAGUCAUUAUACUCGGAAGAUUGGUGCGUCUGUCGCUAUUCCCAAGUCGAGCGGAGCUAGUAUAAAAGCGGGAGGAAAUUUUCAGUUGCUGCUGAAUUUCGUUCGAUUGAUUUUCCCACUUUUUCGAGAAAUAACCUGUCGUUUAAAACAGUGACAAUAUGCAAAAAGCUGAUAGUGGCAAAUGCUUGUACCCGACUGCUAUCCGGAUCCAGUAUUAUAUCGAGCUCCAUUAAUGUACCACAUUCGUCAAGCCGGAUCUCACUCGAAAGCAAGCAAGAGCCGCUAAAACGUAUAGCAAAGGAAUAAAAAAAAAAAAAAAAUAUUCGAAGCGGCGCGAAGAGGAAUCGAUUGGCCAUAUCGCGUCAUUUCCGCUCCAGAGCGCGCGCCGCGAGGCGACGGUGGCGGCAUACAGCUCGAUCACGCACGGGGACUGUUAUCGCGGACGCCAUCGGGAAUCGACAAACGCGCACACAAUCCUGGCAAUAAUUUCGACCUCGCGGCCCUGAUGGCAAUUGCGCUAAUGGACGUUAAAAGAAUGAUCCGUUGACUUGGUUCGCUCUCGAUUUCAUUAGUCUACCUAUAUUCGAAGGUUCUAAUCAAAAUUUCGUACACAUAUAUAUACAUUAUAGGAUACAUCUCGCUCACGAGCUGCUCACAUUCAAUUAUAUCGAGGGGAAGAGAGGCGUAGAGGUAAACGUCGUCGUGAUACACACACAUAUAUCGUAUAACGGAGUGACCGACUCGUAUAUAGGCGUUAUAUACGUUAUAUAAGAGAGAGAGAGAGAGAGAGAGAGAGAGAGAGACAACAAAAAAUCAUAGCGGUUACAAUUAUACUAUAUAUAUUAUAUACAUAGAAUGAGAGGCACGCGUCUAAGCAAUUAUAUACAUGACAACAAAAUAAGCAUACGAGAAAAAAAAGGAACAAAGAGUAUUGAAACAGCUCCUCGGGAAAUCAAUCAAUCAUGCCUAUACUUGUAUAGGUAUACAAUACGUAUGCACACACACACACACACGCGCGCGCAGGGGGCAGUGCAUUGAAGCGGCCGUCGAAGGCCGCCGCGAUUGCGGCGCUAAUUAAUUGUCAUUAUGUCGUUAUGUCCUACUAUAUACUUGUGUACAAUCUGCAUAUUAUACGUCGUCGGCGGCGAACGCAUUCUUUUGUUCUCGUAUCCCCUGAGUUGUCAGCAGCUGCGAGACACAAUAUGUACGUACGUAUACUUGUCUUUGUUGCGCAGACGUCUGUUUCGAAAAUGUAUUCGCGAGAGCGCAUAAGCGACUCGAGGCUUUCGAACAAAACGUGACGCGAUGCGAGCCCCGAGAUCGCGUUGCGUUAGAAAUAUUGCAUUCGAUCCGAACUUGUAAGAUUUCUCGUGCAACCUUACAGGCGAACAUUGCGUUAUUAGAUUAGCGGACAUCUGAAUUACGAGCUGCUCGAUUGUGGAAUAUUUUUUCUGGAAUGCUUGAAUUUUUCUUUUCAAUUAUUUACUCACGAUCUCUUUGAGACGCUCCUUUCACGGUUGGAAGUUUUGUGUGAAAAUUUUCGUUUGUUAAAUAUUUUGUGUCGAAUCCUGCGCGCGCCCAGCUCGCGUUGAUUUUACACAAAAUGUGUUUAAUUCUUCAUUUUACACAGACCUCGUGUGUAAAAGCGAAAAUUCUUCUGUACAAUUAUGUAUACAAAAUUUUACACGCUUUUGAUAUACGAAAAGUAUAAAUGCUUGUAUAGAAAUUUUACGCAAACGUGUCGUGCGUGUGUAAAUAUUUUUAUGCAACGAUUGCGAAGAAAGUUGUGUCUUAAUUUUUGUACAGCUUUUCAACUGUGUGAAUUGUUGUCCGCGGGAUCCGAUGGUAAAGGCUAAAAUAUUCCACACUAUAGGCAGAUGAAAAUGAAAACGUGAAAAAAAACAAACAAAACUGAACAAAACUGAUUUCAGGUGCUCAAUGUACAAAUAUGAGUCUGUGUAAAGUAAAUCAUUAAUUUAAACUUUCUAAAAUGGUAGAGAUCGAACUUUUGUACGUUUUUAUUUCAAAAAUCGUUAUGUGUUGUAGACGUAAGAUAAUGUAGCGUAUAUAGGUAAAAACAUUGCUGCUGUAGAUGAGGAAGAGACACACACUCGAGGCGCAAUGGAGAUUAGAAAGAUUGAGAACCAGUGUAAUCAAUCUCGUUUGACGUAGCUUCAUUAAAACACACACACACACACACACAGACACACACCAUAAUAGAGUUGACACACUGCUCCGUGCCGUUACGUUACGUGUACAUGUUAUACUUUUAUUUAGCCGUAGAUGCGACGGAGAUAGAAACGAUGGGAGAAGAAAGGUUAGUGACGUUACACUGAUCAUCAAAUAGACCUAACUAAAUACUGUGCCAACUAUAGUAGAUAGUUUCAAACUAAAACUUUUUUAUUAUCCUUAAACAAGACGAGAGAACAGCAACAAUAAUGAAUAAAGUACAUAAAUAGACCCACAAAAGAAGCGAAGCACAGCAUGAGCGAAAUUCAAAAGUUAGGUAAAAAAACUAAUGAAAUUGAUAUACGAUACGUGUACAAGUUCGCCGAAUACGCAGGAAUUUGUUAUAUUAUACCAAAGGAAGAUCAUAUUCAUUUCACGUAGAGCGAAAUUUAUCGCGAUCGAUAUACCUACUUAUAAUACUCCUCCUUUUCGUUUCUCCGCGACAGCUUUUCCGUUUCGCCUCGCUCAAGUGAACCGAAGGAGAACACCGAGUGUUGACACUUGCCGAGCGUCACGAUUAUUAUAUCGAUAUAAAGCAAAUGUACGAGUAAAAUAAAAAACUCAAAGUAUAGUCCUGUAAAACUCGAAAUGGCUUAUAAAAAGACAGUUGAUUUUGAACAGAAGUCUAUUUUUAGCAGCAGUUUUAUUUGUCGACUUUAAUCGGAGAGAGAACGAGCGAGACGGCGGGUGCGACAUAUACGAUGCAAAACGAUAUACAUUAUGUAAUUGUAUAUCGGCGAUGGAUAUACGCGCAGCUAUAUAUAUAUAUAUAUAUAACAUAUACAAUACGAGAACAGAAACUAAGCGGUGUGUUCGAUCUGUAAAAGCUGCAGUGGCUAUGGCUAUGAAAAAAUCAAAUAAAACGUUAUCGUAAAUGUUAUAGACAA